AUCAUACCAAUGGACUUUGAAUAGUUCUGACAUCACCCUACAUCAAUUUGGGCUCGAUCCAACGGUCAAAUCAUUCUUGAUUGUACGAUUACGCAUAAUUGAACGGCGAUCACUCGCCUUAACCUCAAAACACACUAACUUAAGAUCGGGAUGUCCGAUUGCCAAUCCGUCUGUACUUAAAGACUCCUCACAACACCAACUACAACAUAUAUAAAAUCGGACACGAUUUGACGGUCGAAUCAUCUUCGAUCUAACGUUCCAGAUUUGCAUAUUUGUUCUCCUUAUGCCAGGGGUGAUUCUCUAGACACCCAAUCAUUGUGCAAAGACUUUUAUGCAACUGGGCUACAAUGGAAAGAAAUAUGGCAGCAGAUGGCUUACCUUGGUCUGGGUUUGCACCUAGGCCUGCAUGUGCUGGCCACCCCCAGCCGUUUCUAGUUGAUGCGCUAGCCUGGCGUUAAGAAAAGAGUCGUUCUCUAGCAAGUAUCUCUACGUGAGGACCUAUAUGUAAGAACACCGUUGGAUCUAAUCUAACUGCUACGCAAUAACCAAUUGUAAGUGAAUUGUGUGAAACUGUUGCACUGGGACGAGGCCUCCUCCCUCCAAAACGGCUGUAUUGUGUUCUUGAAGAACACGAUAUCUCCCUCCAACAAAGUUGUUCUCUUUCUUCAAUAACAUAAAAUUUUCUUUUGAUCAGAGACCGAUUCUUCUCAUCCGAGACUUCCCCUUCUCAAAGCAUCCACCGAAAAAAAGCAUCCACUAGGCAUCAGUUGUUUGUCCCCAAAAUCUUACAACCCAGCUACCACCCAAAAUAUCUCAACAGCAUUUGCUCACGUUCUCCUUAAUGAACCAUCAUCAGAGUGAGAGAAGUGACCCUGCAAGUGUUGUUGUCGAUGUGAGAGCAGCGAAGCCAUGUCAACCUGAAGGAGAUUCUUACCCGAAGACCCGUGCUGGCGAAUAUCCGGGUCACACUCCCGGCGGGCGUGGCCACACCCAAACCGUUGAGCAAGGAUUUGGGUCAAUACAGGGCAGUGAACAUGAUGGCCCUUUGCAAGGACUUCAACGCCCAGACCCAAAUGUUUAAACUUGACGUACCCGUGGUGGUGACCCUGAACAACACCUACGAGUUCAUGGUAAAGUCACCGUCUGUCAACUGGUACCUGAGGAAGGCCACCAGCCUCGACUCAGGCAGCAGCCGACUCAAACACGUGGUCGCUUCUGAACUGUCUUUGAGGCACGUGUAUGAGAUCGCCAAGGUGAACCAAUCUGACCCGUAUUUCCAGUACAUGCCCGCCUUGGAGUCCAUUUGCCCUUGUUUAAAGCUUUGGUUGCCUUGUGUUCAGAAUCGCAAUGAUGCACAAUCACUUGUGUGCCACGAAAAUAUGUAUCGUAAACGCUUCAAACGGAUUCACUAAAGCUUCAUCAUCGUUUGAUUUACUAUUCACUACAGCUCUAUAAAUACUAUGUACUAUUUUUUUUAUACUAAUUAGUCUUCAUUCAUUAGUAUUUUGAUGAAUUUUUUCAGAUAAACUGAAAAGAAUAUAAAGAAAGUGACACAAGAAGUUUGUAGAAUUUGUGUUAUUUAAUGAAUUAUUCUGAUAUUUGAAAGUUAAA